AAGAGCAGCACCAACCAGAGGAAGCGGUCGACAGGAGGGAGCCCCACCUCGGCCAGGUGGACCACUCCGUCAUCGUCGUCUACCGCGGCAAACGGUUCCGAGACCAAUGCCUCGCCCAAGAGGCAAUGCCCCGAUGAGGCCAGGAUUCGAUUUGAGGACCGACUGAUGGAGCCGCGGCCUUUCCUCGUGCUCAUUUCGCCCUUGCUGGAGAAGACCAAGGUCGCCAACCUGUUUAAGAAUGAGAGGAUCGAUGGGUCGCUCACGACCCCCAUCAAGAAGAACGAGCUCAAGAAUGUAUUUAGGGAUCUGCUCGAUGGGACGUGGCGGCGGAUGGCCAGUCAGAGGCGAAAGAGCAGCUCCAAAGGAUCACGGAUCGAGGCCAGGAGGAGCAGCAUCGAGGAGGACGAGUUCAUCAAGCGGCUGCGUCGGCGGUUCUCUCACCAGAUGCCUCAAACACGAAAGCUCGGAUCAGGAUCGGAAUUUGACCUGUCCGAGUACCUGCAGUCGAACCAGCAACACCUCCUGUUCUCCUACGAAGAGGUGCGGCGCAAGUCCGACGAAAAGCUGCGGACCGAGCAACAGCAGCAGCAACAGCAGCAUCAGUACCGGGAGACCCGGAGCGGCGGGAAAGGCGAUAGGAAGCGAUGGUCGGGCGAAGUGCAGGCCCUCAAAAUACUCGGACCGCACGCGUCGCCGCAGCCACCACACCAGCACGGCCAGAACCCGCGGCAACGUCAGGGAAGCGGCAACAACAAGCCGGGAGUCGACGACAAGAAGAAGAACAAGAACAAGCGGCCCGAUUGGCGACGAUCAGGCGAUCACAGCGACCCGCGGCCGGACUCAGGUGACGAAUCGGACGGCCAGCGGCGGGCCACGCUCGGCGAGAAUCGCUCGGUGAGCGAGGACCUCCUGACCCCCGCGGGCAUGGCCACGGCCACGCUGGUCGAGGCCGCCGAGGCGUUGCUUGACCGCAACUCGAAUCGCAGCAGAGACGGUAGCCCCGAGAAGGACAACCCACCAUUGAGCGAGGAUACGAUCCUGCGACGACGGCAGCGCGAGGGCUCGCAUCCGCACAGGGAACGGGUGCUCGACCGACGGCUACGCAUCCUGGUCGUCGAGGACAACCUCAUCAACCAAAAGGUCCUCACCAAGGUGUUGGACAA